CAAAUACUCGUUGAAAUGGAAGGCAACCAGGCUUCAAGCCCUCAGCAGAUGGUGCCUCAGCACUCAAACCUCAUCCGAACGGACCAAGUGCAGAAGCUACCGCAUCUAAAUGAUCAGCAAAAAGUCCAGCACACCCAGCUUGUUCGUAAUUUCUGGGAAAUUCUGAAUAGCCGCGAUGCGCAGUCUCCUGAAUAUCAACAAGCACACACGAGGCUAUCGCAACUUUCACAGUCUCUAAUGAAAGGCAUGCGUAUGUACCAACAGAACCGACAGCUACAGCAUCAGCAGAUGCAGGCUGCCUCCGCAGCGCAGGGCCAGCCAGUCCAACGUUCGCAGUCCGUCAACCCGCAGAACUUCGCCCAGCUCCUUCCCCAAUUCCAACAGAAGGUCAACUCAUUACAGCUCUUCCUCCCUCCGAACAUCUCAAGCGAACAAGCAGGGACUUGGCUUCCGGAGGCCAAGCUCCGAUACGGCAUUGCGCUCCAAAAGCAAGAAAUUGGACGGGCUCGUUUGAGCGAGUUGCGCCAACAGCACAGUCAGCGUCAGAGUGCGGGAAAUCUGACGCAAGAGGAGAUGCAAGAAUUUAAGAACCGUCAAGUCCAGGCCGAGAAACUCUUCCGCGAAGGUAGCGAAUUUUUGGCGAAAUUCAAGGAACAACAAGAUCUGUUUAAAGCACAGCAACAGAGAGCAGGCACGCAGCACUCAAGCCAACAGCUUCCGCAGCAAAGCGGUGCCAGACCAGUAACAACAGCUCCUACAACUUCAGCAGGCGCACCAACUGCCCCUUCAGCGGUUCAUCCUGGGCCGACACCAGCAGCACAUACGAUAAAUUCUGCUGUGAAUGCUGCACGGAAUCAAGCAGCGCAAGCAGCAAUGUCUCCAACUCCGCAACCAGGCCAAGCGUCGUCUAACCAGGGUCCCACCCCUGCACCUGCCGUUGCUGCUGGUACGCCGCAACAACAGCCUCCGCAAUCGCAAAUGUCAGCUCAACAGAAUGCUUCUGGCUUCAACCAAGUAUCUGCACCGGAUGGCUCUACUCCAACAGGCUCCACCGCGCAAGCCACAAACGUACAGGGGCCGCCGCGGCCUCUGUCUCAACAAGCUGCCAUGGCUCAAGCUGCACAAAAUUAUUCAAAUAAUACCAACGCGAAUAAUACUAACAAUACGAAUGCUGUCCAGCAGCAAAACAUGAAUCAACCCUCUGUCAAUAGUCAUGCUCAUCCUCAAGGCUAUAUUCAAAACCGAUCAACCGAAAACUCGGCCCGGAACGUCAAUAUGGUGAUUCCAAAGAAUCUUAACGUCCCGCCCCCAAAGCCAGUGCCUAUGGCUCCAGAUCGGCCGACAUUGUCUAGUGGGCCUAGCCAUGGUGCUAUGGGUAUGAUGGGCCAACCCGCUAUACAGAAACAUCCCGGGUAUGUUCUUGAAGGAGAGGGCCAGCGAGUUCUCAGCAAGAAGAUGCUUGAUGUCUUAGUCCGCCAGGUUACCGGCGGAGGUGAAGGUGAAGGGCUAACCCCUGACGCUGAAGAGUUCAUGCUUCAAAUGGCUGAUGAUUUUGUUGACGAUGUGAUUACUGCUGCCUGCCGACUCGCUAAGCUCCGUCAUUCGUCCAGCCUUGAAAUCCGAGACAUACAACUAGUUCUGGAACGAAAUUACAACAUGCGCAUUUCAGGAUUCUCCACUGAUGAUCUUCGCACAGUCAAAAAGCCGCAGCCUACGCAAGGUUGGACUCAGAAGAUGUCAGCUAUUCAAGCUGCAAAGGUGACUCAGGGUAAAGCCGAAUAA